CUUUACUUUACUUCUCUUCUAAACACUUCUCUAUAUAUAUUCAUUUUUUAAUGGGCAGUAAUCUUCUCUUAUAUGGCGUUUGUGCCUUUGCAGCCAUUGGUGGUUUCUUGUUUGGUUAUGAUACUGGUGUCAUUUCUAGUAUCUUGACUAUGAACCGUUUCCAAGUUAAAAUGGCAGGCGUUGAAAGCCUCACUUCUCUUCAAGAAGGUACUAUUACUGGUCUUUUAUUGGCUGGUUGUUUCGUUGGUUCUCUUUUGGCUGCUCCUUCUGCUGAAAGACUUAGUCGUAAAAUAACAAUUAUCAUUGGUACUGGUGUCUUUAUGAUUGGUGCUGCACUCCAAUGUGGUGCCAAUGGUUAUGCUAUGAUGGUCGUUGGUCGUGCUAUUGCUGGUUUGGGUAUUGGUUGUAUCUCAAUGAUUGUGCCUCUUUACCAAUCCGAAUUGGCUCCUAAAGAAAUCCGUGGUCGUCUUAUUGCUCUUCAACAACUCAUGUGUACUGCUGGUAUCAUGGUUGCUUUCUGGGUUGGUGUUGGUACUGAUCCUUACACUAACGACGCUCAAUGGAGAAUUCCUCUCGGUAUCCAAAUCGCACCUGCUAUUGUCUUGUUCUUUGGUGCCAUGUUCUUGCCUUACUCUCCUCGUUGGUUGGUCUCCAAGGGUCGCAAUGAAGAAGCUUUGAAUGUCUUGGCCAGAUUGCACGGUGAUGGUGAUGCCACUAACCCUCGUGUUGUUGCUGAAUACGAAGACAUUGUUGCUCAAAUCGAACUUGAACGCUCUGUUGCUGUCGGUAGCUAUGUUGAACUCUUGAAGCCCAAGCUCCGUCGUAGAUUGGUUCUUGGUGUUCUUACACAAAUCUUCCAACAAUUUACUGGUAUCAACUCCAUCAUGUACUAUGCUCCCACUAUUUUCAAACAAGCUGGUAUUGGUGCUCACUCUGCUACUUUGAUUGCCUCUGGUGUCAAUGGUGUCCUUAACAUGUUUGCUACCAUUCCUGCUGUUCUUUUCGUUGAUCGUUUCGGUCGUCGUAAGAUCUUGAUCUCUGGUGCUCUCUUCAUGGCUACUUCUAUGCUUCUUUGUGGUAUUGUUAUGGCUGCCACUGGUAAGGUUACCUUGGAUGUCACUACCGGAAAGCACAAUGUUGAUAUGUCUGGCAACAUUCACGCUUCUUACUUCUGUAUUGUUAUGAUUUAUCUCUUCGUCGCUGGUUUUGCUUACUCUUGGGGUCCUGUCGGUUGGAUUUAUCCUGCUGAAAUCUAUCCUCUCAGUGUUCGUGCCAAGGGUACUUCUAUCACCACCUCUGCUAACUGGCUCUUCAACUUUGUCAUUUCUGAAAUCUGUCCUGUCAUGUUGGCUUCCAUCACUUGGGGUACUUACAUUUUCUUUGGUUGUUGCUGUAUCAUCAUGUCUGUCGUUGUUUACAUUUUCUUCCCUGAAACCAAGGGUCGUUCUCUUGAAGAAAUGGAUGUUGUCUUUGGUGGUAGCGUCUUUGCCUUCAAGAACAAGCCUUUCAUUGCCGAAGAAGUUAUCUCUGUUGAUGAAAAGAAAGGUUCUCUUUAAAUCAUCCUAGCCUAAUGCAGCUCUAUAAUCCCCCUCUGUAUACUACCUUUUUUUUAUAAUUAAUGUUUCUAUAUAUUUUCUCUUUGUCAGCCAGGUUUGCUGAUAUAUUUCCCCCUAUCAUCCUCUAUAUUUAAUUAAUAUAAUAAAUAAGUAAAUCAAUUCAC